CAGAAAUCUGCUGAAAGGUUUAUUUCCUGGACCCGGGUCAUGUAUCCGGUAUAAAACCAACUUUUCUCCAGGCGCUGAGGCUCGUAGGCGGGUCCGUAGGUGGCGGCUGUGCUGGUCAGUAUAUACAUAUCCACCCCCUCCCACUGUUCUUGGGGACUAGGGAUUUCACUCGCUACGGCUGUUAAGCCAUUUUCCUUGUUCAUUCGUUUCUUUGCUGGUUCUCGUUGACACCAUGGGGGUCACAUACCUCGGUUUAGAGGCGACGGGAUGGAAUCGCAUGGUGUCGACCUGGUGGGAUAGGGUGUUAGCAGCUUGUUUACUUGCUACAAUUAUAAUUGGUUCUUUAUAUAUGUUAUAUCUAAUCGGACGCACAGUAUAUCAACAUUGGCGGACUCGACAUGAGCUUUCGGAAGUGCCCACGGCAAUCGUACGGUAUAUUGAACGGUUAAAGGCAGAGACACAGAAACUUUCCCCGGAGAGGCCUGAAUUGACGGAACCCAAGACUUUCGGCGUCUAUCUUGGAAGCUUCUCCAAUCCUCCCACAGAAGACCAAGCUCGUCUCCUUUCGCAGUGGGAUACCGUGGUUCUUGAUCCUUUACAGUAUGGCGUGUUGGAUGCGCUCGCCCGGUCCUACACGGCAACCCAUGUUCUCGCCAGAUUGGAUGUGCGCCAGGUUAUUUCCUCCGAGCCCAGCUCCCAUAAUGAAGAUGUAAUCCGCGCGAUCUGUACCCUAACCGAGACGUUGGUGACAUAUCUCAAACGUCCCGAGGAUAGGCAAUCCCCCUUCACCGGGGUGCUGCUGGCAGACUGCCAUGAUCAUUUUCAACCGGUUGUCUUGAACGAGGUGGUGCAGUUCAUCAAUGCCCUGGGUCUCGACGUCUGGCUGGAACUCUCUCCACCAAACUACAUCAGUGAGCGCCAAAGUCGCGAUAUCGACAUGGCGCGCAUUCGAGGGGUUGUCUACCGCAAUGGCACAAUCUUGCCCAACGGGGAUAGGCGCAAUUACUUCCAGAUGGCUGCGAUGCGGACCGUGAUGAGAGUCGUGGCGGCCCAGAAGCCCAUUGGCGGCUCUACUCUCGCCAUGUGGGACGCCGUUGAUGACUCUGUUGAAAUAACGCACGAUGUCCUUCACAGAAGCUCCAAGUGGUGCAAUUACAACAGCGCCAUGAGCUGGAUUGCACCUCAGGCCGCCUUGACCGACGCGCGCAUAGCAUCUGGGAAAACCAUUGUCCAGGAACCCAUCGGAGCGAUGAUGUGGUUGAAGGGCGCCGACGCCCUGGAGGCGCAUGAUAUCUGGAGAAAAAAUGAAAAGGUGUCGCCAACUUCCUCCCAUGGAAAUGACAACUUGUAUGAUUCUUUGCAGUACCUGGUUCCAAACCUCAAGCAAAAGUUGGCCCUAUAUCCUCCUCAGGAGAAACCCGCCGCCGAUGGGCAAGUAUUUGUCGUCGAUGAGCUUCAGUGGCCAUCACUCAAUGAACCUCUCGUUGCCAAUCCCUUUUCCCGUUCUCCUGACGGCGAUGAAUACACGGGAUUCGGCUGCUUUCAAAUCGGGUUGGACUGCACUGCAAAGGACAUCGCCGAUCUUCUCCAGGCCCAGCGCCAUAUUCGGGAUCUGGAACUGUCCGAUAAACUGAAGGUUGAGGAGCUCCGCCGCAUUGCUAAACAGCUGAAAGAAUUACGGGACUCGCAGCUGCCAGGCCUCGAAGGUGCGAAGGCUGCCCAGGAGCUCUGCGAUCUCCUCUUCAUCUGUGACGGAACCGACAAUGACCCGGUGCGAGUCUAUUCAGGACUACACUCCGGCUUCCGCACUGGCAUGGAAACUCAGAUUUGGGGCAUGGCCGAGCAGCAACCUGGGGUUGGCGUUCUCAAUAUCUAUCUCUCCGGAAAGGCUGAGGAUCGCACUGGCACCAUUCUUCAUACGUACAUGUCAAGCAGGGGAUACUCUCGCUUCCAAUGCUUCAUGGCUGAAGUUUCCCUGGCCACUGCCAACGGAACUCUAUCGGAGAAAUGGCAGUUGCCUGAGCGUAUUGUGAAUGACCUGCAGCAACUCACGCCAACAGAGGCUCUGCUCUGGCUGCGACGUCUCUCUCUUACUCUCUGCCAGGAAUGCGCCGACUUGACUGCCAAAGUCCGUGCUUGCUGCGAGUACCAACUCAUGCAAGUCCAGUCCCUCGCGCAGUUCCGUACUUUGAGCUCCAGUGAAUACCUUAGUGGCAAGAUCUCUCCCGAGGAGAUAGUCUCUUCUCGUCUAGCCUGGUAUCGCGAUCAAGGCUGCUGGGCUCCCGAUGAGGCUGCUUCCAAAGCCCUCUUCAUGGAAAUUGAUGCUCGUCUGCCCCAGAUCCUCAUUUCAUCGGACGCAACGACCCUAGGACAGCUUGAAAAGGUUAUGUACAAGGUUAUGCAACCGGGGAAAAUUGAUGCAUCAGCAGAUAUGCUCGCUCUGGCAGUCUUCUGUGCAUUCCGCCGACUGGCCCUGGAUGAAAUCUAUCUGGAGGUUCUUGAUCGCAACCCGCUCCCCAACCGCCACACUGUUCAGGCGGCCUGUUUCGCCGAGAUGUACGCUCUAGGUGCACGCUGUGAUAUGUUCUUCGACAUGACCCCUAAGCUAUUGGGCAAGAUUAUCGCUGCCCGGUAUCAGGCAUACUACAAAGUCCACCAGCCACCACGACGUGAGGAAAUCUUCACCGAAUUGCCAACCGCGUAUGCUUCUAUGGAUAUUGAUCUGGAUCCUAAGGGGGAUCAGUUCAAAGUGCCAUUCUACUACCGCAUUACAUUCCUCGGAAUCUUCGCUUUUCCUGCUCUGAUUGAUAUUACAAUGCUCACAACCGUCGGCCGUGGUCUGUAUCUUACCACGUUCAUGAGCGAUAUUGACAAGACACUGGCUACCACCGCUCUCAUGAUUGCCCUUCUCGUUUGUGGCGGUUUCGGCAGCUGGAUCAGUUCAGGAGGAACUUAUUAUCUCUAUGCCAUGGCCUUCCCUGCGAUGGGCAUGUUUGUCAUGACUCGCUUCAUUGCCGGGUUGGCUGUUGCCUUUGCCGCCGGCAUUAUCGCGAUGAUUGCUAUUGGCUGCGUCAAGGGAUUUGCAGCCGGUGUGCUCUUCUUCCUCUACUUUUUCUUCCUGUCGACCUAUCUCAUGGUUCUCUCGGUCCUUUCUAUCUACCAGCUGCCAGGAUUUGAGUUCCAAUCGGGACGAACUGUUAUCAUUACCUGUAUCCCCAUUCUGUUUAUUUCUCCCAUCGUAACGCUGUGGGUUAAUCACGACUCUGUCAUUUACCUCUGCGUCCUGGGAGUCUUCCUGACCUCCUUGCUUCUCGGAGCUCGACGUGUCAUUGCACAAUGGAACACAUGGUAUCUUCACAUUCCUCGUGUGACGGACGGGGAGGUUGUGAAUUGGUAUAUCAAUAACAAGAUUUCUCCCGACUCUGCCGAGGCAAAGGAUGUCGCAACUUCGUCCGUCCCCCGCAAGGCUCUUGUUGAGAGCGUGCAGAAGGAACGAAAGCGUCCAUUCUGGUCCAAGGCAACGGCUGACCCAUUUGUCCGCAAGAUGGCAGAAGGAUAUUCGGCCACCAUGUUCCUUCUUGUUUGGUAUUGCAGGUACUCGCGCACUAAAAUGCCUCUGCCAUAUAGCCCAACCUGGAAUCUCCAGCUCAAGGCGGCUGUCGACACGAUGGGAGACAUGCAGAAGGGUUUGAAGCUCCACAGCGCGUUCCUGCACUGGCGUCACACUGGUGCGGAUGUGUGGUGUGGUAUUCUCUACUUCGUUAUCGCGCUGAUGGAUAAAUGGACUGCUCUUUUCACGGGAGAGGCUCUCGUCGGCUUGUCGACCGCAUCAAGCUCUGAAUUCCGAUUGUCAGUCGGUUUCGGGUUGGGCUACUAUCUGGCCGGUGCUGUCAUCCUUGAUGCCGUCUCUCAGCCUCUCUGGACAGCUGCCCACAAACGGACCAGUGAGGCCGUCUCUUCCCUGGACUCGCUGCGCGUUGUUACUACCAACAACUAUAAAAUGAGGAAGGCGUUGUAUUUCAAGAACCUGACCAAGUUUUUCUUCCUCCAUAUCUGGGGUACAGCUGUGACUCUGGCCCUGAUGUGGACGUUCGAGGAUUCGCGAAAGGCAACAAUCAUGUACCUCGCCUAUAUCGGAGCCUACAGUGGUCUUCUAUGGUACCAGUACAACCGCAUCUUCACCGGACCCGAGGCUGCCAGAUGUCUUGCGCUAGGCUCAAUCGUUGGUUUAAUCACCGGAAUCGUCCUUCAUGUGGCAAUUCCUCCGUUCACUUGGAGCAGUGUCAUUGGAUUGUCUGCUGGAACAUGGACUGCCGCUAUUUACUCGCUAAUCAUGGCGAACGUCGGUCUGCCCCAGUUUAAGCGCAAGGCCGCCGCCGCCGACAAGCUGUCUAAUGACCUGACUGUGGAUCCCCAGGUCUCGUACACUAGCAGUUCCCUCGAGCCUUACUUGGAUCUCUCGCAGACAACUCUGACGCAGACAUUUGACAACAUCGACGCCCUGGCUGAGGAUUUGCGAUAUCGUCUUGAUCCCUCGAGCCACCCUGGCUCUGAGGUGAAGGAAAUCCUCCUCUCCAAUUGUGGCUCUAAGAAAUCCGCCCUGGUUCGAGCUGCUUUCCCGGAGGCAGAGAAGCUGCUGCAUGAUGUAGUUAGACUCUGGCAAUCUGGCCAAACAGUCAUCGAAUUCGUCUCCGCUGAACACUUGCUUCACAAGGAGCAGAGAAUUCGAGCUGUUAGCCGUCGAACUGGAGACCAGCUGCUCAUCUUUGUCAUCAUUGGACCGGGGCUUGUCGGCCAGGAUUGGACGACCAACAUCCGUCGUAACUGCAGAACAAUCGCCGAGGCCAUCAUUCAAGCCACCGCUGAGGCCAGACUCGGAUACUCACAGGACCAUUCCAUGAUGGCUGAGCUCCUUGUUGCUGAGCAUCGCAAUGAUUUCGAGCUCGCUGUCCCCGAGGGUAUCAAGUAUCAGCUUGAGCGGUCCCCGGCAGAAUGUGCCAGAGUCGCUAACCACGGACGAAGGACGUUCCUCCGACAUCUCUUACUUGGUAUUGAUUGCGAUCUUGAGUGGGAUAACCUUCCCGAGACUGCACGAUCAUUCUUGGUGCGCCGCUGCUCUGGAAAACCGGGUCGCGUCACAGCCGAGGAGCUCCGCUGGCUCCAGGACAGAGUUGGUGCCCAGGACCUCCAGGACGUGGGCGAGUAUGUCGCGCGAUACAAUCUCGGCGUUGCCAUGUCCACCUCGGUCAAUUACUUUGCGCAGCGCUGGAUGGAGCAUGACGAUUAUCCGGAUUACCCUGUCUUCAUGGAUUCAACCUAUGAGAAGCCUAUCCACAGUCUCCUGCCACCUCCCAUCAGCACAAAUCUGAGUUUCAGCGAGGCCCUGAGACUGUCUUUCACUCGCGUCAUCCAGACGCUGAAGACCUGUCUCAAGUUUGUCGUUAUCUCGCUUGUUGCUGACCCAGAAUACCAACGAGAGCUGAACUACAUCAUGCGCGGCCAGCCCCUGUUCUUCGCCUGGCCGGUGACCAUAUUGCUUAACACCAUAUGGUCGUACGUCAAGUUUCUCCAACGGAUCAUCUUCCCGUUUGUCUUGCUUCACGGCCGCAAAAAUGUCUCGGAACUUUACAAGAACACAAAGGGCUGGAAGACUGUGAUCGAGAAGGACAGGAUUGUCAUUGACAGCCUCAGUGGCGUCACUACCUGUUUCUUCCGGCCACAGCCCGACGGUAGCCCCCGACUCUACCAGUACUUGGGUAACCACAAGCAAGAGCCUACGGAUCAGGCGCAGCUUAUUGCCAUUAACACGUAUACUGACAAAAUCGUACUUCGCCGACGUGAAGAGUACAAGGGACAGAAGCUUGUCAAUGAUUACACCUACGAGUACGCUGAAGGUGGCAAAAGGUUCCGCGGCAAGAAGCUCCCCAUUCAGAGACAAUGCACUGCUGGUGAGCUGGAGGGUCAGGUCGUCCAAUAUGAUGACAGCGGUUAUAUCAUCUCCGGGUCUGCAAUGCAGGGUGUCAAUCCUGUGCACUUCAAGUACGGGUUCCGGAAGAACGCCAAAUUUGAUGAUGAACUCCUCCGUGCCGAGUAUGUCUUCCCCCAUAUUCAGAUCAAGGUCGCCUGGUGCAUGCCUCCUCCCACCCGUCCCGAGCGUCUAGACAAGUGGAUUCCGUAUCCCAGAGUCAGUGAGGCAACAUUCAUUCAGGAUUCCGAUGUACACCAUGCCAAAUGGACAUACGACCACAAGUUUCACCCGGAUAUUGCGACCACGCUCAAUGGCGAGCCGGUUCCUACUCCUGCUAUGAUCCACGAGGACUGGUUCCACGUCCUGGACAAGCCAACCAAGGGCAGUUUCUUGCACGACAACCCUCUUUUCUUCUUCAGGUCAAUCAAAACCAACUUCAUCACCCGCUUCCUGGGGUUGAACGUCAAAUGCCGUCCGAUCCCCACGUCGCGUGCUCGCACACACCUGUGGAAGACCUGGAAGGGGAGCAAAGAAUUCGAUGCGGUCACUACCACCUGGCUGGAUGAGCUCCUGUUGCGGUCUGAGCGACUUCUUCGUCCCUACUGGCUCAAUCGUGAUUUUGGUCGAUUGGAUGCUGCCGGCGAUUACCUGGACGCCCAAGUUGAUACCAUUCUGGCCCGGGUCGAUAUUGAUCCCGAGGUCAGCUCCUGGACGCCCUCGGCCUUCAAGAUCAGUGACUUGUACAGCUUUGGAAUCGGAGGUGACGCGAGAAUCAAUACUCGAACUCUCUCCACUCAACUCCAGGAUACCGAUACCCAGCUCCACGUUCUCGCCAUGGACACCGCUACCUGGCCCAACGAACCUGGUGGUGUCUCUGCUUGUCGUCGUGACAUGGUUAAUGAUCUCAAGGGCAUCAGAUGGCAUAUCAUUUCCGAGAACGCCAACGACUACGGCGUGCCUAAGUUCCAGAUCGAACGGAAUGUCCAGUCCCUGACCGUCCUCCCCCAGUGGGGUCUAGACUUCCUCAACCCAACGCACGGUGUGUUCCAGAACUCUCUCGACUCGGCUGUUGUGGAGCGAUCCUACGAUACCCGCGACGAAGAUAUUGAGAAGCAUUUUCUUCCUAUUCUUACCAAGUUGGUCCGAUGUGCCCGCACAACCAACCUAACCCGCCAGCACAUCGAGGAAGCCACCAACGCGCUGGUUGAUCUGAACACUUACUUCGUGUCCGGUCGCAGCUGGAAUGAUGUCUGGAUGAGCGACACCGUCAAGCGGACCUGGCGAGAGCUCUGGCUGAGUGAGAACGUCGAGGAUGCUGCCCCCGUUUCCGAAUGGUGGGACGUAGAGCAUCCAACUCUAUUGCAACUCGACACAGCCCUGGAUAUGUGGCAUCGCUAUCUCUUUAUUUUCUCUAUCCCUGUUCCCGAAAGAAUCCCCGAUGUCUUCCAGGUCUCCCAUCACUUCACUGGUGCGACUUACGGUGUGCUCUGCAAAGCCAAGCGCAAGUGUGCACUUCACGUCUGGGAUCACUGUGUCAGUUUCCGUGAGAUGACGGUGUUCUUGUCUUCCGCUGUGUCCUUCGAUUCCACAUUCGUCAAUACCACUCUAAUAUCCCUGGGCCAUUUGGCAUGUGUUCUGAUCGAGCAUCAUGCGGACGUGGUGCUCCCCUGUGCGGAGUACUUCAACCCUGGCUGGGAAGUCGAAUUGGGAACUGCCGAAGGAGCCCUCCAGCACCGUCGGGCCUUCAGCCGCAAGAUCGAUCCCGUGGUCAACGGAAUCACCAAUAUGGAGAAGUACAAGCCCAUCGAGGCCAUUAAGACAAAGACCCCCACUGUGGUCAUGUUGUCCCAUAUCCGUUACGUCAAGGAUAUCAAGACCGCCAUCAUGGCCACGGAUCUCAUUGUUAACAAAUGGGGUUUCACCGAUUACCGCCUCCACAUCUACGGAGAUAUGGAGCGUGCACCGGCCUACGCGUCCGAGUGCCAGGAAGUUAUUGCCUCCAAGGGUCUCCGCGAACAUGUCGUGCUCAAGGGUCUGGGUAACCCAUCUGUUGUGCUUCAGGAUGCUUGGCUGUUCAUGAACUCGUCUAUCUCGGAGGGUCUCCCGCUGGCUAUGGGUGAAGCCGCCCUGACCGGUGCCCCCGUGGUCUGCACAGACGUCGGUGCUUCUUUCUGUGUCGUGACAGAUCGCGCCACCGGUAAGAAAUUCAGUGAAGUCGUGGCCCCCAACGACUACGACUCACUGGCCCGAGCCCAGCUUCGCGUCCUCGCGCUGCUAGAGAACUGGAGCCCCUUCGCCGAGGACAAGGAAGGCGAGGUAGUCCCGAAAUUGGAGUUCCGUCCAACCCCGGAACAAGUCCAGGCCAUCUCCCAGCGGAUGUACGACAAGGCCGAGCAGCGUCGUCGCUUCGGUAUGUUGGGUCGAUCCAACGUGCUGAACAGCUUCUCCAGUCACCGCUACCUGCGCGAGCACGAACAGAUGCUGUGGCUCGGCAAGUACCAAAGCCACAGCUAUAUCGCGCGCAGUGCCGUGGCCUCGAGCAACUCCAGCGGCGUGCUGGUCAAGGAAAAGAAAACCGGCAGCCAGAUUUACAUCAAUCUCCCUAAUACCCCGAAUUCUGUGGAGGAUCUCAUGCCGCCGACGUCGUGGCGAGCUCAACGUGAUUCCCGUCAUGCAUCUUCAUCCGGCGCUCAAACUCCCUGCUAAUUUUAUAUAAUUUUUUCGCAUUUCUUGUUUAUUCUGAAGCGGCGUUCUCAUACAGACUUACGAUAAUGUCUAAAGCAUAUAUUUAGCUGAAAACAUAGUAUAGCAUAGAUAUAGAUUAAUGUUGAUAAUCUAAACAUUCACCCAGUUUCGG